AUGAAUACCUUGCCAUUGCCGACGGAAUUGAUCAUUAUUAUCGCGGAGUAUCUCGAGCCCACGUUCUGUCUCAACUUUGCCCUGGCAAGCAGCGAGUCAUGGAGAGUUUGCAAAUACCUUUUACAAAAUCAUACAUUAAGGUUCAAAAAGUGCGGAGACCUGGAUAUAACGACUGUCAGCUUGCGGCAAAAAUUGAGGGAGUUGAUCUCCGACCCGCGCAAAGGGUGGUAUUACCAGCGAUUAGUGAUACCCAAAUUAUCGACAUUUUGGGACGAACCACACGAUGAGGAUUGCAGCCUGUUCCAUGCCGAAUUCGACAGGAUCGAAAUUAUGUAUUCCAGAGUGAGAGCUCAAAGAACGUGGUUAAAGCUCCAGAAUGAGGGCAUACGGGCCCACCCGGAAGAUCGUUCGGAUCAGAACCCAUUUGUGGACCCCAUGAUCACCGUACUGGUCCACUACUUGCCUUAUCUGAAAGUGCUUACUUCUCCCGACUUCAGUACAGAGGGGGCAUUAUGGGCAAUAAUGCAAUCUGCAGUUUUGGCAUAUUCUCAAGCAAACCUUUCACUUGCAGUUCAGCUUCCAUUUCAACAUCUCACUACCGUAGUCAUGACUCAUGAACAACACGACCAAAACGUUGGCAUUGACCCGGGGUGGGUCUUGUUAUUGAACCGGAUCCCAUCAGUUCGUCAGAUUGCGGCUGAGAAAAUGCAAUGGAACUUCCCUCUACGAAAUCCUGGGGAAGACUCAUCCAGUAUACGGCUUCCGGAAUCGAACGUGGAGGAAUACUUCUUUGUCCAAUCUUAUCUUGACCCACCCACUGUGCAAACGAUCCUAGCGUCACCGAAAUCAAUCAAACGAUUUACUUUCGAAUGUAACACCCUGUCGCUUCACCUAAUAUCAAUAUGGAGAGAAACCAUAGAAAUAUUGCGGGAGCGUACUGGCCAGACAUUGGAGCACCUGGUUCUAGAAGUUCCAACCUUAUCUGCUGCGGGUAGUGAACGGCUUGCUGAGACUUGGAUUAAAUCAUACACGAGUGUAAACCGGAAACGGGGCACUGCCUCAAAGAGUUCAGAAUUUUGCACAGUGUCGUUCCGCGACUUUCGCGUUCUCAAGACAUUGAGAACCGUUUGGAGUAUUCUGUGGACUGAUCUCCUGGAAUCGUCGACUCUCGCCUCCCAGCUACCGGACUCGCUGGAAGUUCUGGAUCUUGAAGUGCACUUCUUCAAUGAGCACGAAUGGAAACGGCUGGUCAUUGAACUUGAUGGCUUGUUUCAUGUUCUCCCGAAGCUUCAAAGCAUCUAUGCAGAAGAUCCCAGAUACGGUCAUCAGUAUUGCAAGUGCAGGACGAAUGAAUUGGCAGAAAAGCCAUAUACAAGGAUUCCUGGAUCAAAUGAAAACCCUUUGAUGAGGCUAUUGAGAGAUUCAGAGGUUGAGGCAGGCUGA